GAGCCGGCGCGGUCGCGUGGUGGGCCGGAGCCCGCCGCAGGGCACGUCUCAGCCCGCCGCCGUCGCCCAGCACGUGCGCCCACUUGCGUCAGCGCGCCCGGAAGUGCCUAAGAGGCGAUCAUGGCGGCUUCCGCGGCCGGCCUGGGUGGCGGUGCGGGCCCCGGGCCUGAGGCCGGGGACUUCCUGGCGCGCUACCGCCAGGUGUGCAACAAGCUGAAGAAGCGGUUCCUGCGGAAGCCUAACGUGGCGGAGGCCGGCGAGCAGUUCGGCCAGCUGGGUCGCGAGCUGCGCGCACAGGAGUGCCUGCCGUACGCGGCCUGGUGCCAGCUGGCCGUGGCCCGCUGCCAGCAGGCGCUCUUCCACGGGCCCGGGGAGGCGCUGGCGCUGACCGAGGCCGCGCGCCUCUUCCUGCGGCAGGAGCGCGACGCGCGCCAGCGCUUGGCCUGCCCCGCCGCCUACGGGGAGCCGCUGCAGGCCGCUGCCGCCGCCCUGGGCGCCGCCGUGCGCCUGCACCUGGAGCUAGGCCAGCCGGCUGCCGCCGCCGCGCUCUGCCUCGAGCUGGCGGCCGCCCUGCGCGACCUGGGCCAGCCGGCCGCCGCCGCCGGCCACUUCCAACGCGCCGCGCAGCUGCAGCUGCCCCAGCUGCCCCUGGCCGCCCUGCAGGCGCUCGGCGACGCCGCGUCCUGCCAGCUGCUGGCGCGCGACUACAGCGGCGCCCUGGCGCUCUUCACGCGCAUGCAGCUCCUGGCGCGGGAGUACGGCAGCCACCCGGUGCCGCCACCGGGGCCGCAGCCCCCGCCGCAGCCGCAGCCCAAGCCGCCGGCGCCGCAGCCCGGGGCCGGCGCGGCCUCCGCCCCACCGCUCGCGCUGCUCCCGCCCGGCGCGGGGUCCGCGGCCGCGCCCUCCCCCGCCGCGCUGGGCGCCUUCGCCGACGUGCUGGUCCGCUGCGAGGUGUCCCGCGUGCUGCUGCUGCUGCUCCUGCAGCCGCCGCCCGCCAAGCUCCUGCCGGAGCAUGCGCACACCCUGGAGAAGUACUCCUGGGAGGCCUUCGACGGCCACGGGCAGGACAGCAGCGGCCCGCUUCCCGAGGAGCUCUUCCUGCUGCUGCAGUCCUUGGUCAUGGCCACCCACGAGAAGGACACGGAAGCCGUCAAGUCGCUGCAGGUGGAGAUGUGGCCCCUGUUGAGCGCCGAGCAGAACCACCUCCUGCACCUCGUUCUGCAGGAAACCAUCUCCCCGUCGGGCCAGGGGAUCUGACGAGUCCCUCCCAGCGACUCUGUGCCUGUCCCCGAGCCUCACGCACCCGCCUGCGCGUUUACGGGGACACAAGAGGCGUUGACCCGGCGCUUCUGCCUUUGCAGUGUAUCUUACCCCUGUUGCCACCAGAGGAAUGUGGUUGACUACAAGUUAUGUUGUUUCCACAAUAGCGGCAGAAAAAAAACCAUAUGGUAGAAUCGGAGUAGAGUCUCCCAUUCUCUUCCCCAGAAACUGCAACAGAACCAUGAGAGUCCCUUCCGCCCCCUUUCCUCUUCUGUUUUCACCCAACUGUCCCCACCCACCCCUCUUCCCCCGCAAGGCUCCCCUCCCCCCGCGUCCUUCUUUCCGACUGAGGGUUAAUUUGCACAGCUCUGGCUCGCUACUUAAGCUGCAUGAUUUUCUCACGAUGACUCUGAUUAGCGUAUUUCGAUGUCCGCCUGCAUGAUCGCCCAGUUCCCCCUGUGUUUCAUGCGCCCCGUACGUGUUCGUGGGAAUCAUUGGAUUCAGUACUACGCUGUUGUCGCUACAGCCCUCAGUCCAUGAUAAAGCCAUUCUGACCCUCCUAGCUUGUGGUUCGUAUUUACCUUAUCUGUAAAGUGGGAAUAGCUUAUCUACCUGGCAGGAGGCGGCAAGCAGAAGCAGAUAGCUCCCUUUUAGCUCCAAGAUGGAUUCGUUCAUUCGAAAUGGACAGUGUGCCUGUGAAUCUACAGAGAUCAUUUGCGAUGUGCUCCUUUCUCAGCUGCGGUGCGAAUGUGUUCGGUGCAGAGCGGGGUGGGAGUGGGGGUGAGGGUGAGGGCGGGGUGGGCUCCAGAGCAGAGGUGUCAGACGUGCACUGGAGUUUUCAGUUCUGGCUCCAUUUCGAGAGGUACGGGUAAUCCACGUGGCAGCUUUUAUUUGUAGUGCAGAUCCUUCUACAAAUCUUAGUUAACUCCAAUAUGUAAAAUCGGCAUGCUGCUUGGGUAUCGUGUGAUCGUGUGUAUGCCAGACUGUGCCCUUGUUCCCCCAAAGCAGGAUGGCGUUCCAUUUUUAAACACUAAAUUUCCAAGGCUUUUUGGUCCGAACGUUGCAUGCAAACCGACUUAGCUGUUUUCUCAAAUUCAAUUUUAUUUCCUUUAGUGUUGAGAGUGAUGGUAGGAACUCUUCAGAAUGUAAUCUCAUUCAUUCGGCUUGGGAAAACGCAUCCUUUGGGCUGAAGUUGUAGACAGCACUAAUCUUUUGAGGUGAGAUUUAAGGACACAGUUUGGGAACAGAUCUUGGUUUUGCGUAUUUGGCGGGGAGGGGGAAUAUGUGGAGUGUCGUCACUAUGAGUUAAGUGUCCCAAAGUGGAUGGGGCUUUUAGGGUAUUCCUUUCUCCUUCUAUCUCAGCAGUGUGGAGGCAGUGGCUGAGGAAAUGUAGCGGAGGCCCAUGUGAGACAGAUUCAGCCACCCUUCCUGUGCUCUCACUUGGCUGCCCGAAGGGACUUUCCGAGCCCUGAAAGCCUAGUCCAGCUUGUUGCCACAGUGGUAAGGGUGCGUGCUCCCCUGUGCUCUUGCUUUUGCUGGUACACUCUUGUCAGCCUGGGCUGCAGCUCUGGCCUCCUUCCUAUUGUCCUUAUGACAAGAAUGCUUAGGAAUUAUGGGCCGUGACUGGUGACAGCAUUUGGGUUUGGGCGCAAGGAGAAGCCUCCUUAGACCUCUGGUCUAAACUCCUUGCUUUGAGGAGGUGGGGGGAGGGAUCACCAGAGAGCCUGGUAUUGGGUAUACAAGCAUAACUAUAGAAAACGCUAAAGAUUUUUUUCCGUUUGCCGUUGGUUCAUUUAUGUAUCUCCCUCAGAAACUUCAUAGCACGGAGAGCUGGGCCAAGGCCAGAUUUCAGUGAUUUUGACAGAAAUCUCUUGCUAUGUAUCAACUUAUGUUGACAGGACAUGAUUAGUGUUCUUUUUAACUUGAAAACCAGAGGGAAAGAUCUGCAUCGUUGAAAUGUUCAUUGACAAUUCAAAAUUAACAUUCAAAAUAUUAUGAAAUAUUGAAAAUAGUGGCAGUGAAGCAGUGAUCCUGAAAGGGUGCUUGGGCUCCCCUUUACAAGGGACUUCUAUGAUGAGAAAUGUUGCUUAUGAAAAAAUAUUCUGUAUGUAAAUGGUACAAAGAUAUUAAGUCAUUUGAGAACCACUAUACUGGAGGAAGACGACUAAGACUGAAAUUUGUAAAUUGGGCAAAAAGCUCUGGGAUAGAAGGGUUCUGGUUAAUGUGAACUGUCUAGGCAUCUCUACUGCCAUUAGACUAGACCAACAGUCCACAAACACUUUCUGUAAAGGAGGAGAGAGAAAUAUUUCAGUCUUUUCACACCACAUAAUCUUCCUUGUUUGUUUGUUUUUGAAACUUUAAACACGUAAAAACCAUUCUUAACUCACAGUCCAUAUGCAAAAGCAGGUUGUACUCCAAGUCCAUGGGCUCUAGCUUGUGCAGCCCUUCACUAGAACCUAGAACAUAGCAGUUACUCAAUAACUGCUCAAGGAAUGACCCUCAUGAGUGUAGUUAAUAACUAUUUUAUCUUUGUCAUUGAACAAGAAAGGUUGAAAAUAAAUGAACUAGUCAUUUAACUCCAGAUUCUAAGAAACAAGAAGAUAAAUGAAAGUGAAUUUUUAAAUUUUUAAACAGAAAUUAAUUAAUUAGAAAACAACACCUUCAAAUCUAUGUUUGAUUUUAAGACCAAGAGUUGAUUCUUUUAAAACCCAAUAGAAUAGAUAAACACCAACUCUGAUAAAGGGGGAAAAAGAGAGAUACAUGUGUGCAUGUAGGUAAAGAUAUAUGGCAUGGGAAGGGAGAUAGAACUUUAAUGUACACAUUUACAGCAAUUAACUAUAGGUAACAGAAAAUGAGAAUGCCAGUAAUCAGAUAAGGAACGGAAAAGAUAGUUCAAGUAUCUACCACUAAACGAGGCACAGUGGCUUUUCCAUCCAAUUUUCAUUAAACAGAUGAUUACUACAUUAAUUAAACUAUUCUAGAGCAAUAGUUUAAUGGAAAAAGAUGGAAGCUUUUACACUGUUUUCAAGGUUAGUAUAACUCUAAUGCCAAAGCCUGAUAAAUACAGCCCCCCAAAGAGGUAAAACAACUUUAUUGAUUGGUACAGAUAGAAAAAUUCUAAACAAAAUGUUAGCAAAUUGGAUCCAGCUAAACUUUAAAUGACUGAUACACUAUGACUUAUGGGCAGUUUUCCCAGGAAUGCAGCACCACGUUGUGCUGGAGCCCCAGCUAGGAUGGCUUGUGAGAGCCAAUUGUGGGCGUCUGCUCCCAACUCUGCAUUCAAUGACACUGUGUCAGCAGCUUGAAAUCAGGUGUGAUGGGAAUAUUUACAUCAUGGAAAUCAGCAAACACUACAAAUAAAGGCCUUUGUGCUGACUGCCCCCCACUUUGCCCCAGAGCUGGUUGUUAAACAUUUGCCAGCCCACCAUUGAGUGUGAGUAUAAUCUGACAAUAGCAAAGAGAAGAAAUGUGAUCCUAUCCAAGAUGCUGAGAAAGCAUUUGAUGAAAUUCUACAGCCAUUCCAAAUAAGGUAGGAGUAGCAAGAAACUAAAAAUAUUUGAAACUAACAGCAUGUUAAACAGCAAAAUAUGGGAUCCAUUCCCAUUAAAGUCAGAAGCAAGAUCUGCUAAUAUUUAACAAACAUAUGCUAAUAUAUCUAUAUCUAUACAUAUAUAUCACACUGAAAACAAAAGAAGAGCAAAGAGCAUUUUGGUCACCAUCCAAGUCUACAAAGACUAAUAUCUGCUGCAGCCGCUGAUGGACAGUGCACUUGGUGUUCAGAGGAAGAGAUGAAUGGGAUAACAGGAUGAGGCACUCUGUGCUUUAGACAGGAAAUUAAAGAUGAUAACAGGAUGCUCUGUGCUUUGGACGAACAGGCCGUUAGGUAGUUAAUAUGCAUUUCAGGAAGAAUUUUAAUGAACCCUGCUUCUUGCAUCUUCCCGUACAUAGAAAAACACUAUAAUCGUGAACUCGAGGUAUCUGUUCUUUGUGAAUAGUAGUAAUAUUUUACCAAGAUUUAUGCUUGACUGCAUGUAUUCCUUAACAAAAAAAUCAUAUGUAAACUAGCCUCCCCUCAACCCCUUUGGAGCAGUUCCUCAGAGCUAUCUGAGAGGCUGCCUCCCAGGCUAUAGUCAUCAGUAAAACCCUGAAUAAAGCUUGAUUCACAACUCUCA